AAAACAAGGUCAGAAAUGGAAAUGUUGAUAAAAGGGAUAACAAGACGAAGAGGAAGCGUGUCCACUCCAGAAACAGGACAGGGGAAUGGCAACCAUGUCCCUUACAUUUGCAUUUGCACUUCCUUCAAUCCCCUCUCUCAGCCAAUGCCAUGGCCGUGCUCUUUACGUCAAGCCCCUCCACUGCACUCCCAUUCAACAACGCCACGUUGGUGCAGAGGCAGGUAUUGUUUGUGAGCCUUGCAAUGGAACGGGGUGGUUAGUUUGUGACUUUUGUAAUGGCCAAAAGACCAACGUCAAAGCCGAAAACAAUAAACGUAUCUACCGUAGAUGUCCCUCCUGCAAAGCCGUUGGAUAUGUCUUGUGUUCAAAGUGCAAGGUCUUCAAAUGCGUCACUUUUCCUAAUUUCAACGACUCUGAGAACUGAAUUCAUCAUCAACUUUCUUUUUUCACAUUUUCAAUGCCAAAAUUCAGCAACAAACGUUGUUUCUCUUGUUUACUUUGCAUUCUUCACACCUGCUCUUGAGUCUUGUCUCCUACUUGUACGAUUUUACUACUUUUUGAGGAACCAAUUCCAUUUACUUGUCAAAAAAGUUGAAGAAGGAGAUUAAGAGAUGAUUCACUGUUUCACUGUCAUCUUUUUUUUUUUGUAUCUUAUGGAUACACUUUAACUGAUGCCAUUCAAAGAAUUGUAAAUUUGGAAGCUUGUCAUGCAUUCUUGAUGCACAUUCUAGUGUUCACUUGCAACUUCAGCUUUUA